CACUGUGAGCUGUUUGUUGCUGUACAGUGUGUGGUGGUUGCAAUGUGAGUGUAUGCGAAGGGGGGGGGCUAGAUCUGGCCAUGGUCUCUCUCUUUUCUCAGGGCAACACAGAGCCGUCUCUCUCUCCCCCUUUGGUUGUUGCCUCUCUCACAGGGGGAUGAAUUCUUCGUGCAACUUUUUUUACCAGGCAGAUAUCACUCUGUGCGGCUCCAGAUCUGUGGAUGAGUUCCAUCCCUUCAUUGAAGCACUUCUGCCGCACGUCAGAGCCUUUGCUUAUACAUGGUUUAACCUACAGGCCCGAAAGCGAAAAUACUUCAAGAAACAUGAAAAGCGCAUGUCGAAAGAAGAGGAAAGGGCAGUGAAGGAUGAACUACUGAGCGAAAAACCCGAGGUCAAACAAAAAUGGGCAUCCAGGCUCCUGGCAAAGCUUAGGAAAGAUAUUAGGCCGGAGUAUCGAGAGGAUUUUGUACUCACCGUUACAGGGAAAAAGCCUGCAUGCUGCGUUCUGUCAAACCCUGACCAGAAAGGCAAGAUGCGAAGAAUUGACUGCCUCCGUCAAGCAGACAAAGUAUGGCGGUUGGACCUUGUAAUGGUAAUUUUAUUUAAAGGUAUCCCACUCGAAAGUACUGAUGGCGAGCGGCUUGUAAAGUCUCCUCAGUGCUCUAACCCUGGGCUAUGCGUACAGCCCCACCACAUAGGAGUUUCCGUGAAGGAACUCGACUUGUACUUGGCAUACUUUGUACACUCAGCAGAUUCAAGUCAAUCAGAGAGUCCAAGUCAGCCAAGUGAGGCUGAUAUUAAGGACCAGCCAGAAAACGGACAUUUGGGCUUCCAAGACAGUUUUGUCACCUCCGGUGUUUUCAGCGUUACUGAACUUGUAAGAGUAUCACAAACACCCAUUGCCGCAGGGACGGGCCCCAAUUUCCCCAUUUCAGAGCUGGACAGUUCUACAUAUUACAGCAUGAGCCCUGGAGCAAUGAGGAGAUCGCUACCUAGCACGUCCUCUACCAGUUCCACGAAGCGACUCAAGUCUGUGGAAGAUGAAAUGGACAGCCCUGGGGAAGAGCCAUUUUAUACGACCCAGGGACGGUCCCCGGGCAGCGGGAGUCAGUCAAGUGGAUGGCACGAUGUGGAGCCAGGAAUGCCAUCGCCUACUACAUUAAAGAAGUCAGAGAAGUCUGGUUUCAGCAGUCCCUCUCCUUCGCAGACCUCAUCCCUUGGAACAGCAUUUACACAGCAUCAUCGAGCUGUCAUUACGGGACCUAGAGCGAGUCCACAUGCGCCUCCAUCAACCCUGCACUUUCCAACGUCGCCCAUAAUCCAGCAGCCUGGGCCAUACUUCUCUCACCCGGCAAUCCGCUAUCACCCGCAGGAGACUCUCAAAGAGUUUGUCCAACUCGUGUGCCCUGACGCCAGUCAGCAGGCUGGACAGGUGGGGUUCCUAAACCCCAAUGGAAGCAGCCAAGGCAAGGUACACAAUCCAUUCCUUCCUACUCCAAUGUUGCCACCACCACCUCCGCCUCCCAUGGCAAGACCUGUACCGCUGCCUGUGCCAGACACAAAACCUCCAUCUACGUCUACAGAAGGAGGAGCUGCCUCCCCCACGUCACCGAAAAUGACCCUGGCUUCUAGAUUAUUGGAAAAUUUGUCAAGUCCUGAUUUCACCUUUAACGUAUCCAGAUUUCACAACCCAGCGUACUCAACACCCAGCACUUCCCCUGCAAACCGAUUCGUCAGUGUUGGUCCUAGGGAUCCAAGCUUUGUAAAUAUCCCUCAACAGACACAGUCCUGGUACCUGGGAUAAAGCUCACAGUUUCCAUCACUCACCUGACAGACCACCUGCCCCUUCCCGUCUCUGUAUGAAGAAAGCAAGCCGCGGCAAGAUGGCACAGUUACUUCACAUCAAUGGAAGGGGACACAAACUCAUGUCAACAGCAAAACUACAGAAAAAAAAAAUCUUAUGUGGUCGCAUGGCAAGGACCAUAAAUACGCAGCCUUAUUUUUUCUUUUAUUUUUGAUUUGUUGUUUUUGUUUUUUUUUUUAAACAUUUUUGUUUUUUUUGGUUUUCUCACCAUGAUCUGAGGAAAAUUCUUGGAGAAGGUUGGGCUUCACAACAUUUGACGUGUUUCAUUGGUAGUGUAAACAUUAGGGGAUUCUGGAUAGCCUUAGUCUUUAGUAAUUAUUGACAUUGUAGAAGACACUUUUCUAUUGAAGCUCAAUUUUUUUUCACUGAAGAUGCAGCAUCUCUCUAGCCA